AGGCGCCCGGAUCGCUGGGAGUCCUGCCCUGCUCUCUGGGCUCCGUUCGGCAGGUUCUGCAAGCUAGGCGAGCCCCGCUGAUGUGACAUCGGUCACAGCUACCCUAUAUAAAUAAAUAAUAAUAAAAAAUAUAUGUAUAUAUAUUCGCCCACCUCGGAAGACAAGCGCAGCCUGGUUGCAUGUGGGCUUGUUCUGGGACAGAGCGACGGCUGAAAAGAGGGAGAGCGGGAUUUAGACAGUGCGAGCGCCGCGGCUGACAGGUGCUCGCGUGGAGCGACGUGGAGAUGCCCAUCCAAAGGACCGUGUCCGAUCUCCGCUCCCGGGCGGAAGGCUACGAGAAGACGGAAGACGCUUCUGAGAAGACCUCUUUGGCUGACCAGGAGGACUCCAGGCUGAUCUUCAUUAACCAGCCACAGCUCACCAAGUUCUGCAACAACCGAGUCAGCACGGCAAAGUACAACGUGCUGACAUUUUUGCCACGCUUCCUCUACUCCCAGUUCCGGAGGGCAGCCAACUCCUUCUUCCUCUUCAUUGCGCUCCUGCAGCAAAUCCCAGAUGUGUCCCCAACUGGCCGUUGGACCACCCUGGUGCCCCUCCUUUUCAUACUAGUGGUGGCAGCCGUCAAGGAGGUCAUUGAAGACCUGAAACGUCACAAGGCAGACAGUGUCGUGAACAAGAAGGAAACCCAAGUGCUAAGAAAUGGAGCCUGGGAAAUAGUGCACUGGGAAAAGGUGACAGUUGGGGAGAUAGUAAAGGCCACCAACGGGGAUCAUCUCCCGGCUGACCUCGUCAUUCUGUCGUCCAGUGAGCCACAAGCCAUGUGCUACAUCGAAACCUCCAACCUCGAUGGAGAAACCAACCUUAAAAUCAGGCAGGGCCUGCAUAUUACUGCUGACAUCAAAGACAUUGCCAGCCUGACCCGGCUGACCGGCCGAAUGGAGUGCGAGAGCCCCAACCGGCAUCUCUAUGACUUUGUGGGGAACAUCCGGCUCGAGGGCUUCAGCACCGUGCCUCUGGGACCGGACCAGAUUCUCCUGAGAGGGGCCCAGUUAAGGAACACGCAGUGGGUGCAUGGCAUCGUGGUCUACACCGGCCAUGACACCAAGCUCAUGCAGAAUUCCACCCGGCCUCCCCUGAAGCUGUCCAACGUGGAGCGUAUCACAAACUUCCAAAUCCUGGUGCUGUUUGGCUGCCUGCUGGCCAUCUCUCUCAUCUGCUCCAUUGGACAGACCAUCUGGAAGAGUAGCCAUGGCAACGGCGUGUGGUACAUGGACCUCAGCUUCGGCGGUGCUGCCAACUUUGGCCUCAAUUUCCUCACCUUCAUCAUCCUCUUCAACAACCUGAUCCCCAUCAGUUUGCUCGUCACCCUAGAAGUGAUCAAGUUUAUCCAGGCCUAUUUCAUCAACUGGGAUAUGGACAUGCACUACGAAGUUACUGACACGCCCGCAAUGGCUCGAACCUCCAACCUUAAUGAAGAACUAGGGCAGGUGAAAUACAUCUUCUCAGACAAAACUGGGACAUUGACGUGCAAUGUAAUGCAGUUCAAGAAGUGCACUAUCGCGGGUGUCGCCUAUGGCCACCACUUUGAUGCUGAAGAUUACAGCUCCAUGGAUGAUGACUGGCACACCAUGUUAACUGAAGAAGCAGGAUUCAGUGACCCCAGCCUCCUAGAGAAUCUCCAGAGCAACCACCCCACAGCCCCUGUCAUCCUGGAGUUCAUGACCAUGAUGGCCUUGUGUCACACAGCCGUCCCUGAGAGGUCAGGUGACACUAUCAUCUACCAGGCAGCUUCUCCAGACGAGGGGGCACUAGUGAGGGCCGCACGGAACCUGGGCUUCGUGUUCACUGGCAGAACUCCGGACUCCGUCAUCAUUGAAUCUCUUGGUGAAGAAGAAAAAUACGAGCUGUUAAAUGUGCUGGAGUUUACAAGCAACCGGAAGAGGAUGUCUGUCAUCAUGCGGACCCCAUCUGGAAAGAUACGGCUGUACUGCAAGGGGGCUGACACGGUCAUCUAUGAGCGGCUGGCAGAGAGCUCCAGGUACAAGGAGAUCACGCUGAAGCACCUGGAGCAGUUUGCCACAGAAGGUCUGCGGACACUGUGCUACGCAGUAGCCGACAUCUCCUCGGCAACAUACCGUGAGUGGCUGGAAGUGUACCAGCGUGCCUCGACUGCCCUGAACAAUCGAGCCCUGAAGCUGGAGGAGAGCUACGAGCUCAUCGAGAAGAACCUGCAACUGCUGGGUGCCACAGCCAUUGAGGACAAGCUGCAGGACAAGGUCCCCGAGACCAUCGAGACCCUCAUGAAAGCUGACAUCAAGAUCUGGAUCCUGACCGGGGACAAACAGGAGACGGCCAUCAACAUCGGACACUCGUGUAAACUGCUGACAAAGAAUAUGGGCCUCAUGGUGAUCAACGAGGGCACCCUGGAUGGCACCAGGGAGGCCCUGAGCCGCCACUGCAGCAUGCUGGGAGAUGCCCUGCGCAAGGAGAACGACUUCGCCCUCAUCAUCGACGGCAAGACGCUGAAGUACGCCCUGACCUUCGGGGUGCGCCAGUACUUCCUGGACCUGGCACUGUCCUGCAAGGCAGUCAUCUGCUGCAGGGUGUCGCCGCUUCAGAAGUCUGAGGUGGUGGAGAUGGUGAAGAAGCAGGUGCGGGUGAUAACGCUGGCCAUCGGGGAUGGUGCCAAUGACGUGGGCAUGAUCCAGACGGCCCACGUGGGCGUGGGAAUCUCUGGCAACGAGGGCCUGCAGGCAGCUAACUCCUCUGAUUACUCCAUCGCUCAGUUCAAGUACCUCAAGAAUCUUCUUCUAGUUCAUGGGGCCUGGAACUACAAUCGGGUUGCCAAGUGUAUCCUGUACUGCUUCUACAAGAACAUCGUCCUCUACAUCAUUGAGAUCUGGUUUGCCUUCGUCAAUGGCUUCUCGGGUCAGAUCCUGUUCGAGCGUUGGUGCAUUGGCCUUUACAAUGUGCUCUUCACCGCCCUUCCCCCCUUGACUCUGGGCAUAUUUGAGCGCUGCUGCCAGAAGGAGAACAUGCUGAAGUACCCCGAGCUCUACAAGAGCUCUCAGAAUGCCAUGGGCUUCAACACGAAGGUGUUUUGGGCUCACUGUCUGAAUGGUCUCUUCCACUCAGUCAUCCUCUUCUGGUUUCCUCUGCAAGCAUUCCGCCAUGAUACAGUGUUUGGGAGUGGAAGGACAGCAGACUAUCUACUCCUGGGGAACAUGGUUUACACGUUUGUGGUUAUAACUGUUUGUCUGAAGGCUGGACUGGAAACCUCGUGUUGGACUAUGUUCAGCCACAUCGCCAUCUGGGGCAGUAUUGCACUGUGGGUGGUGUUCUUUGGCAUAUACUCCUCCCUGUGGCCCUUUAUACCCCUGGCCCCGGACAUGUCUGGAGAGGCACAUAUGAUGUUCAGUUCAGGGGUGUUCUGGACCGGCCUUCUCUUCAUCCCUGUUACUUCGCUCGUCUUUGACCUGGCCUACAAAGUGUUCAAGAAGUCCUGCUUCAAGACCUUGGUUGAUGAAGUUCAAGAGUUGGAGGCCAAGUCUGAAGAUCCUGGGGCUGUAGUUCAUGGGAAGAGCUUGACGGAGAGGGCCCAGCUUCUGAAGAACGUCUUUAAGAAGAACACGGUCACCAUGUACAGCUCAGAGUCCAUGCAGCAGAAUCUGCUCCAUGGCUACGCCUUCUCCCAAGAUGAGAACGGAGUGGUCUCGCAGUCAGAGGUCAUCCGGGCAUAUGACACCACCAAACGGAGGCCGGACGAGUGGUGAGGCCCGGCCCCGAACCCCCACCUGAGCACCUAGCCCCGCCCUUCCCCCGAGCCGCAGCGAUGGCGUCGCGUGGCGUGGGAAAGGACUGAUGAGACUGACAAGGCAAAGGCUGGGAGCGACUCCCUUUGCCAUUUUUAGCGGGAGAGAAGAUGGGAGACGGAUUUAUGGAGCAGGGAAGGAAUUUGAGUAACAAAGACUUCAACGUUCAUGUGUUUUAGGUGUGUUUCAAGCAGACACAAGCACUGCAUUCAUGUUCAGCAGCCUGUGGUAUGAAUUUCUCUCUAUGGGGCAGACAGAAGAGAGAAGAUGUUUUAUUUCGAGCUGUUGGCUCUGGUUGGAAGGAGGGGUGAAGGGUGGGGGGUUCUUGCUGAAUGGAGCCAAACAGCUUGUCUUAAUUUACAGUGUCGUAAGAGCGAGUCCAUGAUUACAGCUCCGUAUUUCCACGAGCGUCUGGCUGAGGUUCCUCAUUAGGCAUCGGCAUGUUAAUCUGCGCCUCAGGCGCAGGAAAUCCACACCCCUCCCGGCGAGAGACGGCGGCCACCCAGCGCAAGCUGAGAGCCAUGAACGGAGAGCACCUCAGUGUUUGCUGCCAAAGAGUCACCGAUGCGAUCGACCUCCGUGCUCCAAUCCGUGGAUGAAAUACCAAGACGUUCCCCUCGUUCCGGCCAGCAUAUUCUUACCCUCUGGCCUGGGAGGGUUUUGCAGGAUGUGUUUGUGGAUAAGGAUACCCCAGUCCGUUUGCAUCUGAAUUCACAAGAUCUGUAACAAUUACGGUGUAUGCCAAGGCGUCAUGAUAUAUACAUAAGCCUUCACCUUGUGGUCGUUUUUAAUUUGGGAAACUGGUUGUUGUUAGACCUGUUUACAAACACAUAGAUAGUCACACAUAUAUGAUAUUUCAUUUUAAAGGUCGUUGUCACCACACUUGUGGAUCAGCGUGUUCUAGAGGAUAAGCUGUACCUUCCAUUUACUCAGAUGUGGUGUUAAAGAUCUGCGCCUUAAAGAACAUUGGGGAUCUCAGCGCUAAACUCGGAGGGCACUCGCAAACUUAAGAGGAAAUUAACGGAAUUCAAAGGCAUUGCAUUGGAUUGUGGGGGAAAGAAAUGUUGCCUGAAUUUUGAAUCUGCGUUGUCAUGUUAGCUCUUCCAAUAGAGUUUCUCCCUUGAAACAGAAGUGCCAUUAAGCUUUGGAGAGGAAAGAGUGGAAAUACCAGGUCACUGGCAGUGUACUUGUCUCUAGUUCUUUUGUGUAUCCAUAUUUUUAUAUUAUUAAAAAAUACAUCACACACGCAUGCUUUAUAUAUUUUUUCCAAUCCAGACCUAAUUUUAACAUACUUUGAAAAAAUUGUGGAAAUUUUAGGGUGUCGUUCUUGUAUUGUUGUUGCUUUGAAGUUACUACUCUUAUUUUUUUAUUAUUAUUAUUAUUAUUAUUAUUAUUAAUGUUAUUACUGCUCUUGCUGCUUCGGUUUAAGUUCUGUCUGUGAGGUUGUCCUUCUCUCCCUAUGGGAGAAUAGUCAUAGUACUUGUGUGUGUGUGCGCGUGUGUGUGUAUGUGUGUGUGUUCCUGCAGGGGGCGCCAUUGCGUCUAGCCCAUUCUGUUUAUCGUGAGCGCUGGUAGCGCGAGUGCCAUUCGAGGUGCAUUGCCGACGUACAGCAUGAUGCUAUGUGUGAAAGCAAGAGACUGUGUGCUGCCUCGCCAGUCUGCAUGAAACCCCCCCCGCAUGGCCUAUCGUACGCCCCCUGCGUUGUUGAGUUUCAUCUCAUCAGGCUGCCACUGGACACCAGUCUGUCAGACUAGCAGCUCGGCUGUGUUCCCAUACCUUCCUCUCAGCUUGUAUUGCUGGUUGACUGUAUUAGUGGUUCUAUGUAAUGGUCAAUAGCAUGUUUUAACUUUCGACAGUGUUUCUCCAGAGGGGCAUCUUUGACACGUCGUCUGUUAGCGGGAUUCAUGCUGGCUUCCUCCCAGACAGUGAACCGCGUGUCUGGUAGAAUCUCCUGUGUGAUUUUCCAGGCCGAGCAUCAAGGUCUUUUUCAAUUUGCCGAUGAUACACGGAUUGAUUUAUCACUUCAUUGGUGUACGUGUUCACACUUGCUGUCCAAGUUCCAAGCACUUUUUUUGAAUCUUGUUCAUCUGACAUGAGGAAGAAGCAUGAACUCGGCUUGGGGGCUUUGAUAUUGAAGGGGGGGAGUUCACGUCCACUUUCCAGAAUGUUCCGUCUGUGGAGUCAGUGGUUGCAUGAAUGGAAAGUGUUGUUCAGUUCAGUGUUAAUGGUACUUUGUUUCUAUUUCAGGAAUUUAACACUUGAAAUGCACUUUUUCGAAUGUGUUUUUUCCUUUGUCUUUAUUUGUCCUUACUUAUUUUACUUACGUUGUGAUUCUACUGCAUGUUAACAGCUGCAACUUUUAAAUGUUAUGUCUUUUACUGCCAUGAAGGACAGUGGAAAUAAAAUUUACAAAACGAGA